GCUGGUCUAGUUUAUUGGCCAAAGAGAAUUAUAAUAUAUAUGGAAAUUAUUGGCUCUGGUUUAGUCAUUGGGUUUAGUGGUCUCUGAACACUGGUUUAGCCCGCAAACAAAGCAAAUUUGAGCCAAAAUCUAAAAAUUUAAUUGAAUUUGUAAAAUCUGGCUACCAAUAGAAAAAAUUAAUAUAUUGACGAUAUUCACCACAAAUUGGACUGAUUAAUUUCAAAAGCUUAUCUAAUAACACAAGUUGUUUACAACUGUAAUAAUUUUAAUAACAGUUGUGAAUCGUGUGUUACAUUGAGUUUAAUUAGGCUUGCGUGAAAUUAUUUUUCUAAUUCUGUAAAUCGAGUGAAUUGAUCACAAUGAAUAAUUCCCGAAGCCCAUCGCCAGCAGACGAACCUUCAAAACACGAGGAUGAAAUGGCUUUCGAGAGAUCCCCUAUCGAGGACAAUACCGAUCCAGAGAAUAACUAUUGUGACGUCCUUAAAGUAGAGAAUAUACCUGUCUACUGGAGUGUAGAGAAAAUAAGUACAUUUAUUCGAGAGAUUACAAAGGCUGGCGAAAUUUUGGAUAACAUAACAUUUGUAACUUAUGUUAAACCAAAUCCUAAAGAGAAUCUGAAAGAUUCUAAUUCUGUUAAUCAGGGGUGCUUCUUGGUUAAGUUCACUAAUGCUUAUUAUUGCGGUCAGGCAUUUGCAGAAUGGACUGGCAUUAGUCAUAGAAGAAACAUAAAAGUCAAUUAUGACUAUGAUAAUCUAUAUGAAAAAAAGGAAAAAUUUAGAAAACCUUUUUUGAAAAGACCAAAACAUAAUCCAGCACACCCACUGGUGAAGAAGCAGAAAAUUUCUCAUGACACUGAUAACUCCAGUAAUUCUGCUAACUUUGAAACAUAUGGAUUGAGCGUGCAGUUUUUGAAUAAUUUAAACAUUCAAUUACCAAUUGGUUCUAAACUUUUUAUACACAAUUUAAAUUCCAAAGUGACUGUAGAGAAGAUACGUGAAGUAUUUGGUUUUGCGGGUCAGAUUGUUCAUGCCACAUUAUAUAAGCAGGAAAAUCAUGAUCCACCAAAAUGCUAUGCCAAGGUUCAGUACGAUCAUCCGGUUGAGGCUGUACAGGCAAUAUCAAUGUUCAACAAACAAAAACUGUAUUCAUGGCCAAUGGCAGUUCGAAUGGACAGUAAACCUACUUAUGACUUGCCUGAGGGAUUAUCAGGUAUGGGAACUGGAUUGGGGCCAAACGGUGAACCCUUGCGAGGAAUAAGGAAUUACAUAGAACUGCAACCAAUAAAACAGAAGUUGAUGCUUGAUAAUGAUAAAAAAGAUUUUGGCACGUCUAACUCGAAUAUGUUCAAUAUCAGUCCCUUUAUUCAACCAGAUAAAACUAUGUUUAAUCAAAUGGCUAAUAGCUCAAUAGGUCUCCCUACACCUAUGGUUCCUCAAAUGCCUGUGCCCCCAGUACCAAUGCCUAUUCAAGCAACAAAUCAAAACAUGAACCCAUUCGGACAACAAUCCACAAUAAAUCCAUUCAAUUUACCGGGCUUUCAAAACUUGCAAAUGUUACAAAACUCUACCAACCUCCAGCAAGCAGUCAGCAUGCUGCUUCAAAACAAAAUGAAUUCUGAACCGAUGGGACAAAGCUCUGAUCACGGUGGCAACGGUAACUCUGAAUGGCAACCUCGGCCAAAAGAAAAUGAUAAAAACGAGUCUGACUACUCCGCAUCCAAAAUCAGAAAGAGUUAUGGAAAUUAUCGAAAUUCUGAUUAUGGUAAUAGAAGCUUUUCUAGUUCCGACCGAUGUGAGGAUAGAGACAGCCGUAAAACAUCGCGAGACCACGACGAAUCCAGUAGGGAAAAUUCGGAUAUGUUGAUAUUUAAAAAUCUGCCGCAUAGCGUGACUCUACAGGCGCUCAGGAACAAGAUGCAGGAGGUUGGCGACGUGAAGUUCUCCGAGAUUACUGGCCAGGGGCGCGCCAUCGUGCGGUUCACACACAGCAGAGACGCGGAGCGUUGUAUCAAAUUGUUCAACAAGUCCAAAGUGGAUGGACAAGUGAUCGACGUGCGAUACUUCUAACGGUAUUAGGAUAAUGUGUAAUAUGCUGUGGCUGCAUGGUUAUGAAGACUCUUGACAUUUUUUAUUAUUUUAAGAAUAGGAUAUAGAAAGUAACUUUUAUAUGUAACCAACCUUGGCUAGGCCAUUAUUUUUCUUCGUAAUAAUAAAUAUCUACGUUUAAUUUUA